AUGCCGCAUAAUUUAUCAAAGCGCCAAAAAAUGGGAGUUCUUCUCAUAUUGUCAGCAGCAGCAGAAGAGAAGAAAAAAAAUAAGAGGUUCUGGAUGAAAAAAAUUUACCAUAAGCGUGCGGAGUAUACUCAAAUUAAUAAUAUAAUGAAUGAUUUGAACGUCAUAGAUUUUCAUACUUAUCUUAGAAUGGAUAGUGAAAUAUUGGAAAUGCUGUUAGGAAUGGUUGGACCCGAAAUUCAACGUCGUGAUACUAUUAUGAGAGAGAGUGUCCCAGCAAAAGAACGUUUACUUGUAACCCUGCGAUACCUUGCAACGGGAGAAAGCUAUCCUGAACUUAUGGUUUCGUAUGCAGUUUCACCACAGCUAAUGAGUAAAAUUAUUCCUGAAACUUGUUUAGCUAUUUAUAAAGAUUUAAAAGAUGAGUAUCUCAAGGUAAGUCAA